AUGAAAAACACGAUGUUGAAUAGCAUUUAUCAGCAAAAGCAAGAUAAUGAUAUUGCUAUGUACACUAACACAAAACAAGAGUUGGUUAGUGUGGAAUUGCAGUCUAUUAUAUCCGCUAAUCACGGACUAAAGGACGGUAUUGAAGGAAAACACAGAGAAAAAACAUUGAUAAAUAAUUCACCUGGGAGCCUUUCAGGAAAUGGAAAUGGAUCAGUUUUCAUUAGUCUCUACAACUACAAUUACAGCAUACAAUAUCCUGCUACUACUACCUAUGGUACACCGGUUCGUCCCUAUAAUCCUCCAUUGAGGCUUCCUUCUGUAUUUGGUAACAAGAGGGCUGUGUUAUUUGGAAUCAGUUAUGCCGACACCGCGGCACCGAGGAAACUUAGAGGUUCCGCGAACAAUGCUAAGUGCAUGAAACAGUUUCUGAUUGAUAAGUUGGGAUUUCCGAGCAAUUCAAUUUACAUGCUCACAGAUGAUUCAGAGGAGAAAAACACAAUCCCGACAAAAAGUAACAUGCGAAUGGCGAUGAAGUGGUUGGUCGAGGGCUGCAAACCAGGAGACUCGUUGGUGUUUUACUUCUGCGGACAUGGAUCAAGGGUUAGAGAUCGUAACAGGGAUGAGGCUGACGGGUAUGAUGAAGCAAUAUGUCCAGUUGAUUAUGAGCACGAGGGGAUGAUACUCGACGACGAAAUCAAUGCUACAAUUGUUAAGCCUCUACCUCCUGGAGCCAAACUUCACGCCCUUGUCGAUGCAUCCUUUAGCGGGACAAUUCUUGACUUACCGUUUGCGUGCAAGACGAACUGGUUUGGUUCUUUUGGAUGGAAAGAUCAAAGAAACCGGAGAGCUCGCUACAAAGGCACAAGAGGAGGGCUAGCAGUUUGUAUUUCAGCCUGUGACGACGAUGGAAAUGCAGCAAGUAAAUCGGCCUUGACUUACAGUUUCCUCCAAGUCAUGCAAGAUGUACCGAAAUUGACAUACGGCCGCUUGCUUGAUGCGAUGCUUUUUACGAUCCAUUGGGCUAAAGCAGGAAAGUAUGAGCUAAAAGGCCAAGAUCUUGCCAGGAACACUUGGCAACAGUAUACUCAUGAGCCGCAACUGUCGUCUUCUGAGAAGUUUGAUGUUUCUACCAAGUUAUUUCUAAUAUGA